CCCUGCUUCAAUGAUCAACCAGUACAAGUUUGAGGAAGAAGAGGAAGACGCUGACACCAAAGAUAUUUUUGUCACAGUCGAUAACCCAGAGAGUCACGUAACAGCUAUUGAGACAUACAUAACCUACCGGGUUGAAACUAAGACCACACGGAGCGAGUUCGACUCGAGUGAGUUUGAGGUGCGUAGACGAUACCAGGACUUCCUGUGGUUAAAGGGACGUCUGGAAGAAGCUCAUCCCACACUCAUUGUUCAUGUAGGUGAAGU